GAUGUUAAAAAGUGGCGCAAAAGACACACUCAGACAACAGAGAAGCAUAAAAGUAGGCAACAAAAUUCGACAAGUACUAAACAUUUCAAUUAACAUUUAAAUUUGUUUCGCUUGCCAUAAAUCUGCGGUUCGUCUGGUAAACUGGGCCUCAUAAACAAGGAGACAAAGGACAUACAUCAAGUUGAAUAAAGAAAAACAGGAAUAAAUAGAAAAAAUGUCUGAAAUUAAUGCAGCAAAGCAGGCAAUUUGUGCAGUAAAAACAACAGCUGAAAUUGUUGAGGCGACGUCAGCUAAUACGGUCCCAACUCUGGGACAGACCACAUCAAGAACGACAACAACAACUGGAACACCACGACAAAGAACUUUGAUGCGUGCUGCGGAAAUGGAUGCCGAUACCGAUGAAGCAGAAGCAGACGACGUGGAUGAUGGCGCUGUUGCUGUUGCUGCCGCUGAUGCUGCUGCUGAUGAUGAUUAUGGGGAUGCGGAUGCUGAUGCUGAUGAUGCGGCAGACAGCAUUACGUUGGAGCUGGCAUUGUCGCCCAAUACGCCCACACCACCGCCCACCACUGCCGACGAGGAUAUGGCCGAGCUGGACAACAGCAAGCCUUUCAAGGUCAAGGAUAUCACACGUAACAUACGCAAGGCCGUCGUUGCCACAACAUUGGCCGAGCUGCGCCUCAAGGUGGCCGCAAAGUUUCAAAGGGCUCAGCCGGCGAUUCAUUUGGAUUGCGACGGCACCGAAAUUGAUGAUGAGGAGUAUUUUUCCACACUGGAGGCGAAUGCGGAGCUGAUUGCUGUAUUUCCCGGCGAACAGUGGCGAGAUCCUAGCGACUACAAUGCGAAUCUGCGUCGCACUUCGCUAGAUGCCCAGCGCUUACGCAAAUUGGUGGGCAAGCUGCAACAGAAUCUGAUCAAUGAUGCCGACCUGGACAAGCUAUCGAAUAUGGACCCCAAUUCGCUGGCGGACAUCACAGGACGCGAGCUAAAGGAUAGCGACUAUUGCGUUCAGAGCGAGGCAGCGCGCCGAUCUACGGAGUUGUCCUGCUAGACGGUUUAUCAA